AAUGCUACUAGAGAUGACGUCACAUUUCUUACUAGCCGUCUGCUUUGCCCUCUGCUUCUUCGUUGCUAGGCUUCUUUUAGAUACCUUCAUCUUCAAGCCCUUGGCCGGUGUGUUGUUAUUGAGAUGUGGAGGUAGUAUGAAUAUGAUCAAUGAUGACGCUCGGCGAUCAAAGAUUGUGAAAUGUUCAGAGUCAAUGUGGAAGCUGACAUAUUAUGUGAGCAUGCAACUUUGGGUUGCUUUAAUCAUGCUACAAGAUUAUUGGUGGCUAAAUACAAAAGAGUACUUCAGAGAAUGGGCAGGUGGAGAAAUAGACUCUUCAUUGGAGAUUUUCUUCACGUGCCAAUAUGGAUUUUACCUGUAUAGCAUUGUCGCUCUUGUCAAGUGGGAAACUCGAAGAAAGGAUUUUCCCAUUAUGAUGUCUCAUCACAUAAUUACUUCAGUUUCGAUGGAAUUAACUUUUCACAUCAGAUUACUUAGGCUCGGAACCAUCACUCUAGCUUUGCAUGACACAAGUGAUGUGUUCUUGGAGGCAGCAAAGAUCUUCAAGUACCUGGAAAUGGAAACAGGAGCCCUCAUCUGUUUCGGGCUUUUCGCCAUUUCAUGGCUAAUAUUACGGCUAAUUGUCUUUCCCUUCUGGAUAAUAAAAGCCUUCAGUUAUGACUCGCGGCUGGUUGUGGACGACUUCCCUAUGAGCAUGUAUUAUACUGGCAGCACGCUGCUCAUCACACUGCUUAUAUUCCAUAUUUACUGGUGGAGACUCAUAUGCAUUGUGAUAUGGAAACAGAUCGGUAAUGAAGGAAAAGGAAAAGUUGAGAAGGAUAUACGAUCAGAUGAUGAAGAUGAAGAUGACGACCAAUCUCAAGUUCUGAGCACGGGAGUGGUGAUAUGAAUAUUAAUUCUAGCACGGGUAUAGCCCUACAGCAAUAAUGAUCCAGAGUGUAUUCAGGAUUAUACUCUCGUAUGGGGGAUAUUUAAUGUAUCUACUUUAGAAACUCAAAUUGUGUAUGCUAAAACUUUAUAGUGUACUUCUGUAACUAUAAACACAUAUUAGUUAUCUCUUCACACAAAGGGUAACACCUCAAGAAUACAGUAGGCAGUUCAUAGAA